AUAGAACCUUUCUUUGCUCAGCUUUCAUCAGCGUUUUUGACUAACAGUCAAAGCAAAUACAAUAUCCCCAUGUCAUAUUAACAAAUAUUGAGAUAGGCGCAGUAGUGAUUUUGGCUCAAAUUGCUGGCCUUUAUUGUAAUGGCAGGUAAUGACACCGAGAACAUUUUACCAAAGAGCAGCUCCUUUUUCCCACUUCCUUGCCGGAAGUUAUCUUGUUUACAUUUUCCAAGAUGGCGGCGGGAAUGUAUUUGGAACACUAUUUGGAUAGCAUAGAGAACUUGCCAUUUGAAUUGCAGAGGAACUUCAACUUAAUGAGGGACCUGGAUCAACGUACAGAGGAUCUGAAGGGGCAGAUAGACUCCUUGGCAAAGGAGUACACAUCCAACGCUAGGACCCUCUCAUCUGAACAGAAGCUUACCAUUCUGAGACAGAUCCAGCAGUCAUACAGCAAAAGCAAGGAGUUUGGGGAUGACAAAGUACAACUGGCGAUGCAGACCUAUGAGAUGGUAGACAAGCACAUCCGGAGAUUGGAUACAGACCUGGCCCGUUUUGAGGCCGACUUGAAGGAGAAGCAGAUAGAGAGCACGGACUAUGAUUCCACCUCCAGCAAGGGAAAGAGAAAUUUUGAUAUUUCAGGUGAGUCCAGGGGGCUAAAAGAAAAGAAGGUGGCAAAAACCCGGUCCAAAGUGAAGAGCUCUGAUGAAGAUGGCAGUCCAAAGACCGCCCAAAAGAAAGUCAAACUUCUCCAACCGGGCGAGUUCACUACUCCUGCUGCCAACUUUGGGAAUGUGCAUCCUUCUGACGUGCUGGACAUGCCAGUGGAUCCCAACGAGCCCACAUACUGCCUCUGUCACCAGGUGUCCUACGGGGAGAUGAUUGGCUGUGACAACACAGAGUGUUCCAUCGAGUGGUUCCACUUUGCCUGUGUGGGUCUGAUGACCAAACCAAGAGGGAAAUGGUAUUGUCCACGCUGUUCUCAAGAUCGAAAGAGGAAGUAAAACUUUAAGCCACAGGGGCCAACCGAUAGUCAAUUGUAAAGCCAGGAUGCUACGUUGGUAGGGAGCAGAAAGGAACAUUAUCCUUUUUGUCCACUUGAUAGUAUUACAUUUCUCAGUGUUUUUGCAUAUAAUAUUUGGUGCUUUCUUUUUUUGGUUUCUUUUACUUUUUAUGCCUUGAUUUAAUGCAGUGUGAAGGAGAUAUAUGUGGUUACAGAUGUAUUUAAAUGUCAUGUUUCAAAUGUUAUGGAAGUUGUUACUGAUGAAAGUUGCUUGUUGUGUAUCUUUUCCAGUUUUUUUUGUGUGACUGAACAAACACUAAUAUUUUUAGAGUGGUAUUAUAGUAUGCAUUUGACUACAUGUGAUUGGAUUAAAUUGGAUUGCUGUACAGUAGUUGAUGCAUUAUUAGGCAAUGGAGAACUGUUGUGUACAAGUACAGGUUGGUUACUUAAUUUGCUACUAUAUACUUUGUGCUCUCUAGAACGCUCCUAGCCUGAAAGCGUAAAGAACAUUUUCAUUUUAGACACUAGAGUGUUUAUCUGUUUGAUAGUAAGUUGAUUGAACAACAUGUUACUUUUUUUUAUUUUACAUUUGGUUGUACUGGUAGUGAAAAAGAAUCACAAGGGAAUAUUGUCAAUACUGUAGCUGACACAUGGUACAUGUGGGGAAAAUUGUAUUUUCAGUUUGAAUACAGCUACUACCUCAAACAUU